CAAAUAUAUAGAGCGGCGUGCGAGUAUGUGAGUAUUUGUUAAUACAUAAAGGGGAGGGCGAUUUUGGUCGUUUGGUCUACUUGAAAAAGAAGCCAUUUUUUCUAGUACCACAACUGUACCAGUCACGCAGCAAUGAGGUUUCUAGCUUCCUUUCCCGUUUUAUUUGAUCGACUUCCACAGAGCUAGAAAAAGUGUCAACAUCCCAGAGAACCCAAAAGAUCAAAAAAUCCCAGAAUAGAAGCCAUGUCUCUGGGGUAUGCCGAAAAGCUUUCUAUCAUUGAAGACGUGGGCAACGUUGGGAUGACGGAGUUUUUUGACCCUCCUCAUCUUCUGCAACAGAAAGUUGAACAACUCGCUGUCGUGAUAAAAAAGAGCAAGCACUUAGUGGUAUUUACUGGAGCGGGAAUAUCAACUUCCUGUGGUAUACCCGACUUUCGUGGCCCGACGGGCAUUUGGACCCUUCAACGUCAAGGCAAAGCUUUACCAGAGGCAUCUUUGCCUUUCCAUCGUGCCACACCAAGCACAACCCAUAUGGCAUUGGUUGAACUUGAGAAGGCUGGUAUCCUCAAGUUCCUGAUCAGCCAGAAUGUCGAUGGCCUCCAUCUUCGUUCUGGAAUGCCAAGGGAAAAACUUGCUGAAUUACAUGGAAACUCCUUCAUGGAACAAUGCUCAUCCUGUGGAGCUGAGUAUCUAUCUCUGCUACGAAGAUAUUUAAGGGACUUCGAAAUUGAGACCAUUGGAUUGAGGGAGACUACGCGCCGUUGUUGCAAGGCAGGCUGUGGAGGGAAAUUAAGGGACACUGUUCUUGACUGGGAGGAUGCUUUGCCACCUAAGGAAAUGAAUCCAGCAGAAAAGCACUGCAAAAUGGCUGAUGUUGUAUUAUGCCUAGGAACAAGUUUGCAAAUUACCCCUGCAUGCAAUUUGCCUCUAAGAUGUCUCAAGGGUGGUGGAAAGAUUGUAAUUGUAAAUCUCCAGAAAACCCCAAAGGACAAGAAAGCGAGCUUGGUGAUUCAUGGUCGUGUAGAUAAGGUGAUCACAGGAGUAAUGAACAUGCUCAAUAUGUCUAUACCUCCUUUUGUUAGGAUUGAUCUUCUCCAGAUCAUUUUAACACAGGCCUUGAGUCUAGAUAAAAAGUAUGUCAACUGGGCCCUCAGGAUAGCAAGUGUUCAUGCAAAGCAAGCACCUUUACCGUUUGUUAAAUCUGUUGAGGUGUCCUUCUCCGAGAGUUUAAACAUGAAAGGAGCAGUCCUAGAUGACCAACCUUUUUAUCUGAAAAGGAGGACAAUAAAGAGCGCAAGACCUUUUGAUAUUCUCUUGAAGCUGAACUUGAGCGCCGGUUGCGCGUGUUCAUACACUGAUAUCAAUAUCCCAGUUGACUUUGAGAUUUCAACAGACUGUCUCAAAGAAGAUAAGGACUCCAUCAUUCAGGACCUGAAAGAACGAGCGAUCAAGGAGCCAUGCUAUGGUCGGACGGCUGUGGUCGAAAAAUGGGCUGUUUUAGUCCCCAAAAGUGAAGUUUCAGUCCAUGCAAUUGUGACAAAUGUUAUAAAAUACGAAAGUCCUUCCGAAUUUAAAGCAUCCUCGCCUAGUAACUGCCCGCUUAAGAGGCAACAUGAAGGUCUCUUAGAUGCCGGGAUUUCUUGGAUGCGAACAAAGGCACGAAAGCGUGUUACCCGACACAGAAGGUUCGCCUAAUAUUGUCUUUUUUAUUAAGUAAGCGGUGUAAAUAAGCUGUAGGAUUUGAAACAACUUGGGACUUCUUUUGUCUUUUGCCUUGUGAAAAUUCCUCCAGAUACUUUGGAAAAGAAGUUAAAGAAUAGAUGGCAUACUUAGACCUGAUAAGAAGCAGGAUAAUAUACAUAAUGUGUCCCUCCUUGGUUUCUUUUCCCCUCUGACUUUUACAACUUGGGAUGUAUAUAGUACCUUUUUUCUUU